CCCUGAGCUGGCAGUCCUCCCGAGUGGUUUCUUACAGCUGUCACCGGUGCCCCGCGCUCCCUCCCUGCUGGCUCCAGAUGAGGAAACUGAGGUUCAGAAAGAUGAAGUGAUUUGCCACAUCUCUAGCAGUUGUCAGAGUGGAAGCCAGGCCCCCUGAAUCCAGGCCCUCUGCUUGUCACUUCCAUGACCUCUUCAGUUGGGGAGACAGAACUAACAGGUUCUACAGAUGCCAUGACUCAGCAGCCCCAAGAUGAGUUUGACAGCAGUGUAGAGAGUGCCCAGGAGUGGAUGAAAGCUGUCCAGGAACGACUGCAAGUUAAUGACAACACCCAAGGUCCCCGAGCUGCCCUAGAAGCCAGACUCAGAGAGACAGAGAAAAUAUGUCGUCUGGAACCAGAGGGACAAAUGAAGAUGGACCUGGUCCUGAAGUCAGCAGACACUCUUCUUGGCUGUUGCAGUGAAGAACAGAAGCACAAGGUCCUGGCCAGGCUGAAGGACAUCAAAACCCAGUGGGAAGAAACAGUUAUCUAUAUCACUCACUGUCACAGCCGGAUUGAGUGGGUGUGGCUGCACUGGAGUGAAUAUUUGCUGGCCCAGGAUGAAUUUUACCGGUGGUUCCAAAAGAUUAAGAUGACCUUGGAGACCAGUGUGGAGCUGCAGGUGGGACUGAAAGAAAAGCAGUGGCAACUUAGCCACUCUCAAGUUCUGCUCAAUAACAUCCUGAACCAGUCCAUCCUCUUGGAUAGGCUGCUCGAAGAAGCGGCCUCCUUGUUCAACAGGAUAGGAGACCCCAGUGUCGAUGAAGAUGUCCAGAAAAGGAUGAAGGGAGAGUAUGAAAAGAUAAAGGCCCAAGCCCAGGAAAGAGUCAGCCUACUGGAGAAGAUAACCAAGGAGCACGAACAAUACAAGGCAAAUGUGGACCAAUUUCAGCUGUGGCUAAAUGGGGUGAUGGAAAAAGUGAACACCUCUCUGGGAAGAAGAGGCAAGAUGUCUGCCAAGCACCAGCUCAAAACUUUACAGAAUUUCGCUAAAGAUUUUCAGAGCGGUGAGAAGUCGUUAAAGAAGCUCAAGGAUCAGUCUGCUGGGGUUAUCCAGAACACCUCUCCUAAGGGAGGGGAAAAGAUUACCAAUGAGCUUGAAGAACUAAGAAAAACCCUGGAAAAGCUGAAACUUUUUUGCAAGGAGGAAGAGGAGAGGAGCCUGAAGACACUGAAGUCAGAGGGGGCCUAUGAGACGCAGGCCAAACAGCUGGAAGCGGAGGUCAGGGGAUUCCGGAAGGAGUUACAGAGACUAGCGGAGGACCUGGAACCUGGGGAGAAAGCAAGAGAUGAAGCAGAGUUGAUAGCGCACUGGAGAAUUUACUCUGCCACCAGAUCAGCUCUGGCAGCAGAAGAGCCCAAGGCUGAAAGACUGAAGUCUCAACUUAAGGAACUUGUCCGAUUUAACCACGAUUUGCAGCCCCUUUCAGACAGUGUUGUGACUACCAUGCAAGAGUUCCAAAGGGUUAAAGAAAAUUCUUCUAAACUGAGAAACCGUUCUGGGACAGACCUGUGGCAGUGCUUUCAGCACCCAGUUCAAGAGUUCCAGCUGUGGAAGGCAUUGGCUCAGAGACUCUUGGCUAUCACUGACAGCCUUCCAGAUCUCCCAUCCAUACACACCUUUUUGCCACAGAUUGAGGCAGCAUUGGCUGAAAGCUCACGCCUGAAGGAACAAUUGAUCAUGUUAAAACUGAAGAAGGAUUUGCUGAUCAGCAUCUUUGGUGAGGAAAGGGCACAGUCUUUCCUGGAAGAGGUGGACAACACUAUCAGGGAGAGAGACCUCCUGCAUAAUAAUCUCUUGCAAAGAAACAGCAAAUUGCAAAGUGCAAUAUCUCAGCACAAUGACUUUGAUACUGCAUUUGAACCACUGCAGAAGAGGUUAGCAGAUCUCCACAUCAGAGCAGAAGCAGAGAAGGCAUUCCAACAAGACCUCCCUAGUAAGCAGGCUCAACUCCAGCGUUUGCAGCGGCUCCAGGAAGGCUUGCAAGAGCUCGAAAUUCAGAUUGAAAACCUGAAGCCCCUAGUUCAGGCAAAUCCCAGACACCAGCAUCAAAUCAGCCAACUUUCAUCUGAUUAUCAGACCCUGAAGAGGUCUUUGGAGAUAACUAUGGAACAAAGCCAGCAGCAUGUUCGGGAGCACUGGACAUUCAACCACAAACUGUCGGAGCUCCAGCAGUGGAUUGGGUUGGCCAAACAAAAGUUGGAAUCCUACCAAGGGGAUGAAGGCCAGUGGAAGGUGGAUGGACAAUCGGUAGAAGAUAUUGAGAUGCUGGUGGCUGAAUUCCCCGACAAGGAGGUACAGUUGCAUUUGAUCGAAGCUCAUGGCCAACUGGUAAUGGAGACAUCAUCUCUUGAGGGAGCAGCUCUUGUCCAGGGGGAACUGAAGGAACUGACAGAGUCUUGGAAGGCUUUGAAGUUGCUUCAGGAAACAUUGUUGAGCCUCAUCAGGAAGUGGCAGCUAAAAAACAAGGAGCUGGAUCCAGUGAAGAAAUUGAUUUUUUCCAACAAUAUCCCAAAGCAUGGGUUUCUCAUAGAUUCUGUGGACUCUGUUCCUAGGCACCGGGGUAAGGGAAGUCUGUCCAAAGAAGAAGAGGAAAGUAAUGACGACUUUUCCAAACUCCUGAAAGACUUUGAACAAUGGUUGAAGGUGGAAAAUGCCAAGCUGGUCAAGACCGUUGCCAUGAAAAACUCCAAUGCCAAGGACUCCGAAACAAGAAAAGACAAACUGAAGGAGCUACAAGAUAGGCUCCCAGAAGGUCAGCAUCUUUUUGAAAGUCUUCUUCGUCUCCGACCAAAGAAAGAACCUUCUGAAGACUUGGAGGAUCUCCGCUACCGCUGGAUGCUUUACAAGUCCAAACUCCAGGACUCCAGCCAUUUGCUAGAGGCUCACAGUCCUCUUGGGAAGCCAGUGGGAUUCAGAAAGAGUCGUCCCGGAGGACUGUGCCCCUUCCUCCAUCGGGUGUGCUGUGUGGCUCUACCCCUCCAGCUGCUCUUGUUGUCUCUACUGUUGCUUCUGUUGCUGCUGCCCCUGGGACAAGAGAGGUGGAGCUGUGCCUUUUCCAACAACUUUGCCCGCUCCUUCAAGCUGAUGCUGCGGUAUGAGGGGCCCCCACCAACUUAGCGAGCACCAAAAACCAGGAGGCAGUAGGCUCAUCGCUCUGUACUCCGGUCUGCCCUCCAUCUCCAGGAUUCUUCCCAAGGACGUAGCACUAACUGGAAAUGUGGUCAGAGCCAACUGGCAAAACCUUAGUCUGUAUGAACCAGCAUCAGUGUAACUAAAGCUAAGUUAAUUUUUUAUACAAUAUUAUGUGACUAUAUUUAUAACAUGUUUGUAUGUGUUGACAGGGAAGAGAUGCAGGCUAUAUACACGUGACAGAUAUUCUACAUAUAUGUUUAAAUACAUAUUAUUCUAUGUUAAUGGAAAAAAAUCCUAACCUGCUUCUCAGACAUCAUUCUGCAGUAUUUUUGUAGCCAUGAAGAACAAAUAGAGAAACAUCUCAUUUAUCUGGAAAUCAAUUCUCUGUUAUCUAGACUCAGCUUAGACCUUGGCAGGAAACCAAAAAGAAAAGUCUCUGAACGGCUAAAAUAGACACGUGCACUAAAGUUCAUACAUUUUAUUUA